AUGGACAGGAGACCCAACAGCGAGGGCGGCGGCAAUGCCGCAGACGACUCAAUUGGCGUCCAGGCACCGCCGCCAGCAGUGUCAUCCCAAGAGGGGCGCACUGAGGGUAAAGAUCAGAGCGCGCACAUCGCCGCAGGCAUCAUGCUUGCGUCUGUUGGCGGUGAUCACGAUCGGACUUCUGUCGCGGCUUCAAACGGGCGUAGUUCGGAGACACGAGCCAGGACGGCGCUUGCGAGGCUGAGGCAUGUCUUGAUCACAUUUAGCAGGUUCGUGGGGCCUGGAUUCAUGGUGUCUGUUGCGUACAUCGAUCCUGGAAACUACUCUACCGACAUCGCUGCAGGCUCCUCCUACCGCUUCAAGCUCCUGUUCAUCGUCCUGCUCAGCAACCUCUUUGCCAUUCUCCUGCAAAGCCUCGCCAUCCAGCUAGGCACGGUCACUGGUCUGGAUCUCGCACAAGCAUGUCGUGCCUAUCUGCCGCGAUGGCUCAACUACUUCCUCUACGUGCUGGCAGAAGUGGCCAUCAUCGCUACUGACAUUGCCGAGGUCAUCGGAACGGCCAUUGCGCUGAAUCUCCUCAUCCCAAAACUUCCCCUUGUUGCUGGCUGCGCUCUAUCCAUCCUCGACGUCAUGGCCAUCCUCAUCUUUUACCGCCCAGACGGCUCCAUGAAAGGCCUCCGCAUCUUUGAAUUUUUCGUCCUCUUUUUGGUCCUGGGCGUUGUCGUCUGUUUUUGCAUCCAGCUCUCGCUGAUCAAGCACACCAGCGUCGGUGAGGUCUUCAAGGGCUAUCUCCCCUCCAGCGCAAUUGUCCAAUCCAACGGCCUGUACCAGGCCUGUGGUAUUCUUGGGGCUACCGUUAUGCCUCACAGCCUGUACCUUGGGUCGGGCAUCGUGAAGCCCCGGCUGAGGGAGUAUGACGAGAAACACGGUCUCAUGCCCCAGGACCCCGUGUCGGCAGCGUCGUCGACCAUCGAUGAGAGCUACGAUAAGGUCGUGUACAUUCCGUCUCUCGCAGCCAUCAAGCACUCGCUCAAAUAUUCCAUUACCGAGCUCACGCUGUCGCUCUUCACCUUUGCGCUCUUUGUAAACUCGGCCAUUCUCAUCGUUGCCGGCGCCUCACUAUAUGGGAAUCCCGACGCCCUCACCGCAGACAUUUUCGGCAUUUAUCACCUGCUCUCCGAGAGCAUCUCGUCUGGGGCCGGGACAAUCUUCGCCUUGGCCCUUCUGCUCUCGGGUAUUUCAGCCGGCAUUGUAUGCACCAUUGCGGGCCAAAUGGUCAGCGAGGGAGCUCUUCGAUGGAAGAUGAAGCCAUGGCUGCGACGCCUCGUGACGAGGUCUAUCAGCAUCACCCCUUCCAUCAUCAUCGCCGGAGCAGUUGGACAGGUGGGCCUGGACAAAGCCCUCAACGCCUCACAGGUGGUUCUCAGCACGGUGUUGCCCUUCACCACAUUCCCACUCAUCUAUUUCACUGCGCGAUCCCGGUAUAUGACGGUACAGCCGGGUCGAGCUCGGCUUCACAUUGAGUCCAGAGAAGACGAAGAGGUGAUUCGCGAGCCAGGGAUAGACAUGUCCAACGGCUGGAUUCUUAUUAUUCUGAGUGCUCUUGUUUGGUUACUUAUUGCGAUAAUGAAUGUCGCAAAUUUGGUAUUGUUGGGACUGGGCGAUUCAUAA